GAACCAACAGCAAACACUUAUAACUCACUAAAUCUUGAGUCGUUUCAAUUUAUUGCUGUCAACCAUCCAAGUGUGUCGUGUGACGACAUGCGCAAGCGCGAGAUUUUCCCCUCAGCUGUCAGACGCGGGUGCAGAUGUGAAGUAUCUUGUCCGUACAAUAUCUUUGUCAGGACCUACAGCUGGGUGGACCUCCGACACACAAAAAAAGUUGCUUGAGUCGCGUACAGGGAUGGCAGUUUGACUGAGACGAGCUAGCUGUUGUUUUAAGUGCCUAUUGCCCCCGCGGUGCCAUGGAUUUUAAUGUGAAGCGGUUGGCUGCAGACGCCGGUACUUUCCUAAGCCGUGCGGUACAAUUUACAGAAGAGAAACUUGGCCAGGCUGAAAAGACCGAGUUGGACGCUCAUUUGGAGAAGCUCCUGGUCAGAGCCGAGAACACCAAGCAAUGGACAGAGCGCAUUAUGAAGCAGACGGAAGUCUUACUACAGCCAAACCCAAAUGUCCGCCUAGAAGAAUUUGUGUACGAGAAACUGGAGAAAAAAGCCCCGACGCGAAUGAACAACCAUGAGCUGCUGGGCCAGUCCAUGAUCGAGUCGGGAGGUGAAUUUGGUCCCGGCACUGCCUAUGGAAACGCUCUGAUAAAAUGUGGUGAGACGGAGAAGCAGAUUGGUGGGGCAGAACGGGAGUUGAUCCAAAGUUCCGCCAUCAACUUCCUGACACCUUUCAGAAACUUUUUAGAGGGAGACUUCAAAACCAUCCUGAAAGAGAGGAAGCUGCUACAGGUCAAACGUUUGGAUUUGGACGCAGCUAAAACCAAACUAAAGAAAGCCAGGAUGGCUGAUGGUAGAGCUGCGGCAGAGCAGGAGAUGAGGAUGACCCAGAGUGAGUUCGACCGGCAGGCGGAGAUCACCCGGCUGCUGCUAGAAGGCGUCAGCAGCACCCACGCCCAUCACCUCCGCUGCUUGAAUGACUUUGUGGAGGCCCAGACUACGUACUACGCUCAGUGUUACCACUACAUGGUGGAUCUCCAAAAGCAGCUGGGCAGUUUCCCCUCCACGUUCUCCAACAACAACCAGUCGUCGAUGUCGGGCGGGGCCAGCAGCAUCUCGGUGCCCACCAUCUCGGUGUCGGCCUCCCUGCCCAGCGUGUCCGCGGGCCGCGGCGGCUCGGCGGCAUCGGGCGGGUUCAAUGAACUGCGCAGCUCCAACGGCAGCCGCAAAGCCCGGGUGCUUUACGACUACGACGCGGCCAGCAGCAGCGAGCUUUCCCUGCUGGCUGACGAGGUGAUCGUCGUCAGCAGCGUCCCCGGCAUGGAUUCUGAUUGGCUGAUGGGCGAGCGUGGCAACCAGAAGGGCAAAGUGCCGAUCACUUACCUGGAGUUGCUUAACUGAGGACCCCCCCGACCCCCAGCCCUCUGUAACCAGCUGUGAUUUCAUAUUUAUAUUGUGUUGCAGGGUCAGGCCUUACUUUCCCUUCCAUUCGGCCAUUUUAGAAUGAGUUAUAUUUCUAUGAAAAGGAGUCUCAGUUUUAGCGGACAUGGAUUGAAUACAUUUGAAAGAAGGGGAAGGAAAACGGACCCGAACUCCCUGAUGUGUUUGUAUGCAACUGUAGUAUAUUUCUAUAACAUGCUUCCAUACCUUUUGUGCUUGAUGCCAUGCAAUCUGCAAUAUGUGCCAAAACAUCUCCCAAACUGUAACGUAAAAAAAAAAAUGUUUACAAUAUAUAUCUCAGAUGGUGACUUAAAUGCUUUUUAAUGUGAGGGUUUUAUUUCUCUUCCCUCACUGCAAGUUCUUUCAAGUAGCGAUAAAGUAGACACUUCUUUCUAUAAUACAAUAAUCCACUUCAGUUUGAAGUGGAGACGUGACGCUGAUUAUUAAGUCUUAUUUUAUAAUUGAUAAUUUUACGGCGCAGUAGCUGUUAUGGUUAUCCAAAGAAUGAAUUGUUUUUUUACAUUAUCCUAAGUAUUAGGCGCCAGCUUUACUCUCAUGGAGCGAUACUGGACAGUUCAAUGCAUUGCUCCAGGACAUUUGGUUGAUGAGAGGCGUCGUUUCCUGCUGAUGACCACGCAGUUAUGAAACUCCCAUGCCAGAUAUCGUUAAGUGCCUAUGGCGGUGACCUUGGCCUCCCUAGAACCACUUGCCUUGUUUGCAGCUACAUCAGCUGCAUUAAGACGAUCUAAUCAGUCCCCUCUCUUAAGUAUUGAACCCCAAUACUUCCAUUUAAGUUAUUGGCUAUUGGAAAUCAGCAUUUUGGAAAUUAAUUUACCUGAAGAGGGCUAUUAUCUCUGAUUUAAAUUAUUGACUUGUGUAUUGUACAUAAAUACACAGUGUGUUUACUUUGAAGAAAAAGCCUUAAAGUACAAAUAUUUCCUUUUAAACUUGCAUCUCCACAUUGAAUUAAAUAAAUGUUACAUUCUGGGAGAUGAAAGUAUAUUAUUCCAUGGCUGCUUUUUGUUUUUGUGUGUAACUGAUAAGAUAGCAUACAAUUGUAAAAUAAAUAUACAAUGUGAUGCGUUAAAAUAAGAAGAUA